CAAUGUUAGAGUUAUGUCACCUGCAGGGCUAAUUUAUGAAGCAGGUGAGAAUACAAGCCAGAGGGAUGGGUACUAGAGGCCUGAUUUAAUUGAUCUUGAAUAUGGCCUGGGUAUUAGAAUUUUGUUAUUGUUGUUUGUUUGUUUUUUCAAGACAGGAUUUCUCUAUGUAGCCUUAGCUGUUCUGGAACUUGCUCUAUAAAUCAGGCUGGCCUCGAACUCAGUGAUCCACCAGCCUCUGCCUCCCAAGUGCUGGGAUUAAAGGCAUGUGCCACUCCCCCUCCCCCAACCUGGGUAUUGGAAUUUCAAAAAGCAGUUUCCUCAGGAGAUUCUGAUAUUGCAAACAAGACGGAGAAAUGCUAACCUAAAACCAUGAAGUUGAUAAAUGCAUCUCUCGUAUCUGAAAAUUCUUUGUUUACAAUGAAAUAAAAAGGCUUAAUCCUAUCCUCAACAUGUGCUGCUUUCUGGUCAGACUGUUGAAGAUUCAGUGAGGUAAUGUGAUCAGACUUAGUACCAUACACAUUUGCUUUUCUAUAAGCGUAAACUAAUUAUGAUACUAAUUACGGUGUGACUUAUUUGGGAAUCAUUUCUGAAAAUAUGGUUUAAUAAUUAAAGUUUUAUAUAACAUGUUCACACAUAAUUUCAGGAUGUUCCUCACAUUCCAUAACCCACUUAAACCCACUUCUCUGAAACUAAACUCCAAUUUAGAGGCCAUUCUCCCCUGAGCUACAGCCUCAGCCAUGGAGGUCUGGCUGUAAACUCUGAGUAAAUCUGCCAAGCUUAAGUAUAUUUGUAUGCCCUUGUUCUGUUUUAAAAUGUUAUUCUGCCUUCAGAGUUAACCAUGUCACUUUCGAGGCUAAUUUAUUAGCAGGUGAGAAUGAAAGCCAGAGGGCAUGGGAAACAGAAGUAGAGGAGGGAGAAGGCAAAAAACAAAUUCAAGAUACUUGGGGUGUGGUAUCACUCAUAUAACCACCCCAGUUCCAGGGCUGAGGGCAGUCUGAUAAGGUGUUACUAUUGGGGAACAUGCAGUUGCCCUUUAACCAUGUGACUCGGUCUGUCCUGGGAGAGUAAUACUACCUGUGGACUAGGGUUGGUGUGUUAGAGUGUUUAAGUCAUGAUAGUACAGAUGAGGAUUGGGAUCUGGGAAGGAUCCUCACAUCUUCCCUGUUUCUUUUUUGCAGAUGGCAGAAUUUCUUUAGUAUAUCUGAUGCAAAUCUCACAUCUUGGUUUCUUAUCCAGCUUCAGUCUAGCUUCACUGGCUAGAAAAUAAAUGGGAUUUGCACAAAUUCCAAGCCGAAGUGAAAUACAGAUUGCAGCAUUAAUAUCCUUUUCUUCUGGUUGUUACUAGCAGUCUCCAGCAAACUCAAUGUCGUCCGAAGAUCGGGAAGCUCAGGAGGAUGAACUACUGGCCCUGGCGAGCAUUUAUGAUGCGGAUGAGUUUAGAAAAGCUGAGUCUGUCCAAGGAGGAGAAACCAGGAUCUAUUUGGAUCUGCCAAAAAAUUUCAAGAUAUUCGUGAGCGGCAAUUCAAAUGAGUCUCUCCAGAAUAGUGGCUUUGAAUACACCAUUUGCUUUCUGCCACCACUUGUGCUGAACUUUGAACUGCCACCAGAUUAUCCAUCCUCCUCCCCACCUUCAUUCACUCUUAGUGGCAAAUGGCUGUCACCAACUCAGCUCUCUGCUCUCUGCAAGCACCUAGACAACCUGUGGGAGGAGCACCGAGGCAGAGUGGUGCUGUUUGCCUGGAUGCAGUUUCUAAAGGAGGAGACCCUCACCUACCUGAAUAUUGUCUCUCCUUUUGAGCUCAAGAUGGGGCCUCAGAAAAUAGUCCAGAGAAGGCCAGUGGCUCAGGCGCCUCCUGGCACAGAGCUUGGUUUGGAAGGAGCUACUGCAGCAGAUGUAGACCAAGAAGAAGCUGUGGAUGAGAGAGCUGUGCAGGAUGUAGAGUCAUUGUCAACUCUGAUCCAGGAGAUCUUGGACUUCAAUCAAGCUCAGCAGACGAAGUGCUUCAAUAGUAAACUGUUCCUGUGCAGUAUCUGCUUCUGUGAGAAGCUGGGUAGUGAGUGUAUGUACUUCUUGGAGUGCAAGCAUGUAUACUGCAAAGCCUGUCUGAAGGACUACUUUGAAAUCCAGAUCAAAGAUGGUCAAGUUAAAUGCCUCAACUGUCCAGAACCACAGUGCUCUUCAGUGGCUACUCCUGGUCAGGUCAAAGAGCUGGUGGAAGCAGACUUAUUUGCUCGCUAUGACCGUCUCCUCCUGCAGUCUACCUUGGAUCUGAUGGCAGAUGUGGUGUAUUGUCCCCGUCCAUGCUGCCAACUCCCUGUGAUGCAGGAGCCUGGCGGUACCAUGGCUAUCUGCUCCAGCUGCAAUUUUGCCUUCUGUACCUUAUGCAGACUGACCUAUCACGGGCUUUCUCCAUGUAAGGUAACUGCAGAGAAAUUAAUAGACUUACGGAAUGAAUACCUACAAGCAGACGAAGCUACUAAAAGGUUCUUGGAACAGAGGUAUGGCAAGAGGGUGAUUCAGAAGGCCCUGGAGGAGAUGGAAAGUAAAGACUGGCUGGAAAAGAACUCCAAGAGCUGCCCCUGCUGCGGGACGCCCAUCCAGAAAUUAGACGGCUGCAACAAGAUGACCUGUACUGGCUGUAUGCAGUAUUUCUGCUGGAUUUGCAUGGGUUCUCUCUCGAGAGCAAACCCUUACAGACAUUUCACAGACUCGGAAUCUCCAUGCUUUAACAGAUUGUUCCAUGCCGUGGAUGUUAAUGGAGAUAUUUGGGAAGAUGAAAUUGAGGAGGAUUAGUCCAUUCCUUCUGCUCACAAUAUAGAAGUGGAAUGGUUUGCCCUGAUCUUCUGUCAAGUACACAAAGAGACCUUGCAGGGUAUUUAGGGUGCCAUCCAUUCACUCUUCCAGUGUAGAAGGAAGAACAGGGUUUAUAUUUUCCUUUGGUUCUACUGAUUAAGGCACGUACAUUUUCCAUGUAACAUAAUCUGGUAAAAUUAUAUGCCAAAGGAUCAGAAAUGAAAACUAUAGGAGAUUAAAUAUUAUAAUAUGCCCAAACUGUGAAUAGUUAAAAAGUAAAUAUUUAUUUUCUCCCCCAAGCUUUAGGUUAGGGAGAAGGUCAAGAGUUAAGCUUUUAGACCAUGUCCAAGAAGCCUGAUAUUGUUGGAGUGCUCUCAGUUCCAUUCCUCAGCUGGGGACAGUCACAGCCCCAGCCAUGCUGUCCUGGGAGCCUGAUCCAUUCUCAGUACACCGCUCACUCCCAUCCGUGCUGUGGAGUAGCCUCUGCUCUGUAACUGACCAGUUGUCCAGUGUCGUCCUGUUCUACCGCUUGCCAGAUAGAAGUCUAUAGUACAUUAAAAAUAUUGUUAGUACCACAAUCCCUGUGAUACUUGAUAUUUAUGAAUAGUGUAUUGAAUCCACUGGUUUAGAGCCAAACGUAGAAUUUAGGAUUCUGGCUCAGAAUUCCUCCAGAUUCAGAGUCAGAACUGUCUCUGCCCCUUUUGUUCUCAACUUUCUCCUUUUGCCUCCCACGUUUUGUGAACAAGGACAGUUUUAAUGUUGAUUCCGGCAGUGUGUGUCUUUAUUUCCUCAGUAGAAUAGAAAAAAGCCCAGUAUAUUCCUCAUGAAUGCUCACUAAACCUGUGAAGAGCAUCAUGGUUCUACCCUGACCUUGUGAACCCGAGUCCUCCCUAAUCACCUACAGGAAUUGGGCUUCCCCCCCUCCCCUCUUAAACAACAGUGUUUCGAGUGAUAAUAGUACCUUGAUAGCUGGAUUCCUACUUCUGGGUUUUAUUGGCUUUUUGAAAACCUGUCUUCAUGUAAGUGGCUUGGUAGUCACUUGGGGGAUGUUUUGAAAGGACAGUAAUUCACCUGUAUCUUGUGAACAUGCGUUUUCUACUUUGACACUGAAAAUUAAGGAAUUGCUUAACUGUCAGCUCAGACUGCUUCUGGAUUGUCAAUGAGGAUGCUUAAUCUUAACAAUAAAGUAAUUUAAAAAUCA